UAGAAGCCGGUUUUGUAUUGUGCUUGUGCGGCGUGUUAAUUAGCCUAGCACAAUACAACAUUUUAGAGUGUUGUGUUAUGCCAUGAAAAACCGAUUGAUCUCUAUAUAAACCAUGUAGUAGGUCUUGUUCAUAACACACCAUCUCUCAUUCGCUUUAGUGUUUCAUUUAGUUUCUCUCCCUAGCCAGCCUAGAUUGUGUCAUCAUGAGUUCAAUAGAAGAGGUGAAGACCAAGGAAUCAGCAACGGAAACUCUAGGGAGAUUGUUAAAAGGAGAGAUUAAAGAUGAGGAAUUGAAGAAACUGAUUAAGUUUCAAUUCGAGAAACGUCUUCAAUGGGGUUAUAAAUCAUCUUAUCAAGAACAACUCUACUUUAACCUUGAAUUCAUUAAAUCCUUGAAAAAGAUGGAUAUGUCAGGAGAGAUCGAGACAAUGAACAAGGAAACUUAUGAAUUACCAACAGAAUUCUUAGAAGCAGUUUACGGAAAAAGUAUGAAACUAAGUGGGUGUUACUUCAAACAUGAAUCAUCAACAUUAGACGAAGCAGAAGAAGCUUCAUAUGAAUUAUACUGCGAGCGAGCACAAAUCAAAGAUGGAAAAACUGUUCUUGAUAUCGGUUGUGGUCAAGGUGGUCUAGUUCUAUAUGUUGCUCAGAAAUAUAAAAACUGUCGUGUUACAGGGCUCACUAAUUCAAAGGAACAAGUCAAUUACAUACUCAAACAAGCAGAGAAGCUUGGGCUGAGAAACGUGGACGUCAUACUGGCAGAUGUUACUCAAUACGAAUCUGACAAGACAUACGAUCAAAUACUUGUAAUUGGAGCCGUAGAGCACAUGAAAAACAUACAACUGUUUAUGAAGAAAUUAUCAACUUGGAUGACAGAAGAUAGCCUUCUUUUUGUGGAUCAUAUCUGCCAUAAAACAUUUAAUCACUUAUUUGAGGCAAUCGACGAGGACGACUGGUACUCUGGUUACAUCUUUCCCCCAGGUUGUGCGACAAUACUAUCUGCUGAUAGUCUCCUCUAUUUCCAGGAUGAUGUUUCAGUUUUGGAUCAUUGGGUUGUUAACGGGAUGCACAUGGCUCGUUCAAUGGAUGCGUGGAGAAAGAAGCUAGAUACAAAUGUGGAAGCUGCAAAAGAAAUUCUAUUACCUGGAUUUGGUCGAAGCCACGAAGCAGUGAAUGGCGUCAUUACUCACAUUAGGACAUCCUGUAUCGGAGGGUAUGAACAAUUCUCAUUGAACAACGGAGAUGAAUGGAUGGUUUCACAGCUGCUUUUCAAGAAGAAAUAACGAGGCACAGUCAAUGUGACCUUUUUUUUUUUGAACGAAGAAGGGUAUAUUAAAAGAAAAAGUUAUAUACAGCAUAUUUACAGAGAAUGGAAGCCAGAGGCUUCAAACCAGCAAACCAGCAAGUAUAAUGUGACCUUAUUGUAACGAUAAUUGCGGUUUGCUUCUUCUUUGUCAGCUUAUUCUUUGUUGUUUACGUUCUUCCUUUUGUUUUUCGUUUCUUCUUCGUCGGCAAUAUCAUGUACUUGAUUUAUUUAAAUCAAAUAAACCCGUGCAAGGAAAUUGUACCACCGUUUAUGUC